CUUGUGGCUCUUGUUCCCACAAUUUUGGCAUACCCAUCUAACAUCAAGGAAGUGAACAAUUUGGAUUCUCCUGUGGCCUCCGUCAAAACCCCACAAGACCUUCUUUUCUCAGGUAACUAUGUCUGUGACAAGUUUGCUUCUAUCAUCCAAUCAAACAACGACACUACUGACUUUCCUGUCUCGUUGAACCUUUACGUUGCCCAAAGCGAGAAGGCUCCAAACGACAAUUAUACCGUUGACUUGUAUUUCAAAAACGUCAACCACCGGAGUUUGAACCUGUUUGCUUUCUUGAACGUUUCCGACUCAGAUACAGUCUUACAAAGCUACAACCCACAGUUGAUCUCUCAGCAACCAAACUUCGGUGUGGAAUUCAAGUUUGAUUUUGCUAAGGGUUUGUUGUGCAACUUCUUGUACCAAUUCACCAUUGCUUACCAGUUGCAAAGGACCAAUGAUACCAGUUAUGAGUCGGACAAGAUUUUCCUUGUAGGCUCGUGCCAGGAGAACGAAGCCUACUUUCCAGAAGCUUACGGAGACUUGAUUGACCAGGGUUACAGAUGCGUUGAAUACAAUUCUGGUUACCAGUACGAAGGCGGAAAAGACUGGUGCAGCAAGUUCUACCCAUCUGACCAAUGUUGUCAGACAUUCCAGAGCGAUGAGUUGGCUAGUAGAAACCAGUGUCCACCAAAUGCCAGUGGUGCCAGCACCUUUGUGACCAAGACCAGUGCUAGUACAGCUUCCACU